AUGGUUGCUCUCUUGGAUUUCGGGCAAUUUUCAUGUCCGUUGUCGUGCGAACAGUCACCGUCAUCAUCAUCAGAUGCUGAUCAUGGAAGGGACUUAAAUGCAGCUAGAUUGCUGGAGUUGGCUAUUCAAAAGCGUCGCGCUGCUUUUACGUCAAGGCGGCGUGAUUUUCGGCGUGAAAUCGCCCACACUGUUAUGGUACGAACGUUAUGUAGACGAUUAGGAGCUGAACUUGCUAUGAAAAGAAAAAAACGCCUGGAUCGUGCAAAACGACUUGUGCAAUCAAUGAAAUGUAAGUCGGAUUGUAUUCUUCAUGGAGAAGAAGUUUUAAUGAAAUCACCAUUAAGUAAUACGCGGGAGAACUAUGCUAUGAAAGGAAAAUCUACCAACCAUGAUGCAGAGUCGAGCAAUGUAAGGAAUAUGGAAAACACGAAAUACUAUCAUGAAGAUGAUCCGUUCGAUUUGGAUCGAUUAUUCGAGGAAGCUGGAUAUUUGGGUGCCGAAACGCGGCUCAAGCAAACGCUGACACAUUGGAUUAGUGUUUCACUUAGUUCUCUCAAUGUGGGUUGCUGCUCUAAAUGCGAGUAUGUGGCAAGAACGGGUUGGUUCUCUGUUGAACAGUCCCACGGUGAAGCUAGCGCAACGAAAGUCGGGAGGAUAUGCGGUUUUCAUCGGGUAGAUUACGAAAUGGAGGGUGGGAUGGGAACAUGGCAGUUUUCUGCAAUAGGGCCGCGAUUAAUUCACGAGGAAUCUUUUAGAAUGGACAUCGUUAUACCGCUGUUUUACGUACGUUGCAAAACCGAUGUGUUUCACUUGUGCGGUUUUCGAUAUCCCGAGAAAAAUGUUUUGAACAGAACAGAAGUUUGGAUAAAAAGGGGAUUUACGAGGUCUGCGCGAGCCUGGAUGACAUUGAAGCAACUAUGA